CCUCUCCCGGCGAAGAAGUUUUUUCUCCGCCAAUGGGUUUACACACGCUGAAACUCGCCGCCGUUCCCAUAUCCUUCUCGUCAACUUCCUCCCGCUUCUUCCUCUACCCAUUUCCCAAAACCCUAACCCUACCUCUACUCUCCCGCCAUGUCCAUUCUCAUAGGCCUUCUUCCCCUCCUCUCCUUGUCAGGGCCUUCUCCGCUUCCGCCGCCGUGCAGUCUUUUCCGGCCACCGAGGCCUCCGUUCCUGGCGUUGCGAGGCCGCAGUGGAAGGCGAGCAUUGAUUUUAAGUGGAUAAGGGAUAACAAGGAAGCGGUCGCCAUUAACAUCAAGAACAGGAAUUCCAGUGCUAACUUGGAAGCUGUGAUCGAGCUCUACGAGAACAUGGUCAAUCUCCAGAAGGAAGUUGAGCGGCUACGUGAGGAGAGAAACACAGUUGCCAAGAAGAUGAAAGGAAAGUUAGAACAAUCAGAGCGUGAGAGACUUGUAGAAGAAGGGAAAAGUCUUAAGGAGGGCCUUGCAACUUUGGAAGAAGAACUCGUAAGACUGAAAGACGAGCUCCAAAGUGUAGCACAGUCUAUACCGAAUAUGACCCACCCCGAUGUCCCUGUCGGAGGAGAAGAUUCUUCAGCAAUAAGGAAGAUGGUCGGUAGUCCGCGUGAAUUUAGUUUUCCGAUCAAAGAUCAUCUUCAGCUUGGCAAAGAUCUAGAUCUCCUUGACUUUGAUGCUGCUGCAGAGGUGAGUGGUUCAAAAUUUUACUACCUGAAGAAUGAGGCAGUGUUGCUGGAGAUGGCCCUUGUCAAUUGGACAUUGUCAGAAGUCAUAAAAAAGGGGUUUACUCCCUUAAUAACCCCUGAAAUUGUGAGAUCUUCUGUUGUUGAAAAAUGCGGUUUCCAACCCCGUGGAGAUAAUACUCAGGUUUAUUCUAUAGAUGGAACCGACCAAUGUCUCAUUGGCACUGCUGAAAUUCCCGUGGGAGGCAUCCACAUGGAUUCUAUACUUCUCGAGUCAGCGUUGCCUUUGAAAUAUGCAGCAUUCUCUCACUGUUUCCGUACUGAAGCUGGUGCUGCAGGUGCCGCUACUAGGCAAGUUACCAAACCAAUUCAUCAGUUCAGCAAGGUGGAGAUGUUCAUCUUAUGCCCGCCCGAAGAUAGUGAAUCCUUCCAUGAUGAGCUUAUUAAAAUUGAAGAAGAUCUGUUCACUUCACUGGGACUCCACUUUAAAACAUUGGAUAUGGCCACAGCGGAUCUGGGGGCUCCUGCUUACCGCAAGUUUGAUAUUGAAGCAUGGAUGCCUGGAUUAGGACGGUUUGGGGAGAUAUCGAGCGCGUCAAACUGCACGGAUUACCAAAGCAGGAGACUAGGAAUCCGAUACCGACCUUCAGAGACGCCGCAAGUAACGAGGAAUAAGAAAGGGAAAGGGAAUACUCCGGCGACAAAGUUUGUGCACACGCUGAACGCGACAGCGUGUGCGGUGCCGAGGAUGAUGGUGUGUUUGCUGGAGAACUACCAGCAAGAGGAUGGUUCCGUCCUCAUUCCCGAGCCUCUUAGGCCUUUCAUGGGCGGUAUUGAACUCAUCAAACACAAGGCCAGGUAAGGAGGAAAAAAAUGUUUGUUUGUUUGUUUGUUUGUUGGUUCUUGUUGUGUGAUGUGAGGCGGUCUCAAGCAUUACAGGGGGAGGGGGAUGAGAUUGGUUGUGUUCUUUUGAUCAGUAAUUUAUUGUUUAUUUAAUAAAAACAGUUUAAAAACGAAACAUUGCUUAAGCUCCUGAGGUUAUGGAGUUUGA